AUGGACGGGACAGCAAUCACCGAUACGGACGGCACCACCGCGGAAGAAGAAAACGAGACUCGGCGUGCCGGUGAUCACGAGAGCGAGGACCGGUCCGCGGCGGCUGGGGAUGGAGGAGUCGACGACGACGAUGACGAGGGCGCCGGCGCCGGCGCCGGGUACCAGCCCCUCUGGGUCAGGCUGGCCUGCAUCGGGCUCGACUUCCUCACGCAGACGUACGACCAGAUAAGGAUCGUGCCCGAGAUCGUUCUCUUUGAGCAGUACGUCUGCCGAUCCCACUACGCCGGCGACGGCGGUGGCGGUGGGCACGGCUCCCUCCCGGAUGUGAGGAUCCCGCACGAGCUGUGCAAGAACCCGGAUGUCCAGUACCAGCUGGCGCGUCUCAGGAGCUGGAAGGCCCUCUUUGACGGAAUUGCGAUCCUUGUUACCGCCAUACCCAUGGGUGUCCUGGCUGACAGGGUCGGGCGAAAGAAGGUUAUCGCGUCAAGCGUGCUGGGACCCAUACUGCAAUUAUGCUGGAUCCUCCUUGUCUGCAUGGGAGGACUCCAGGAGCGAGGCAUGAGUAUGAUCUGGGCCGGGUCGGCCUUCCUCCUCAUGGGCAACCUGUCGUCCGCCAACGCCACCAUAUACGCCAUGGCGGCAGACUCGUGCCCUCCCGCGCAGAGGAGCCGCUACUUCUACUACCUGUACUCGACCUUCCUCGUCUGCGAGCUGUUUGCCCCAGCCCUCGCCUCGGUCACCAUCGAGAGGAAUCUCCUGAUCCCUUUCGGCGUCGGCCUUGCCUCUCUGCUAACAUGCUUCCCGAUCCUGCAUGUAAUGCCAGAGACGCACAAGGUGCGCGAGUCGCCGGUGACAACCAGCAGUCGGCGCUCCUCGAGCUCGUCAGACAAGGACCAGAGCGAAGCCCGCGAGACGGACCGGCUCCUGUCCUCCCCGGCGGACCCCGCAGGUGAGCCAGACGUGCGGCCCCGGAGGAGCCUCUUGUCGGUGGUCAGGAACAGGAACAUCCUGCUCGCCCUCUUCGUGCUGUUCAUCGGCGCCCUCAGGCAGGGGACCGUGUCGGUGCUGCUCCAGUACGCCGCGGUCCGGUUCGGGUGGCCGACGUCGCGGACGGCGAUGCUGGUCUCGGUCAUCGCUGCGAGCAACAUCGUCCUGUUCCUCGUCAUUCUCCCGCAGACUGUUGCCUUUCUCACAUCCAGGUGGCAUAUCAUGCCGCAGCUCAUCGACUAUAAUGUUGUCUCCAUCAGUCUCGUUAUCCUGACGGUCGGCGCGACGUUCAUGGGCCUCGCAUCUUCGAUGCACUGGCUCAUCUGCGCUACCCUUUUCUUCGCAACCGGAUACGGGACCAGAGUCGCGGUGCUGUCCCUCGUCACGUCAUGGACGGACGAGGACACCCGCGCGAGCACCUUUGGCAUUGCUCAGAUUGUCGAAGGCAUCGGCAGAAUGUGUGGCGACCCCAUACUACUCAGGAUAUUUGCCAAAUCCAUGCGUAUGGAAGGCCUCCUGCAAGGCUUGCCUUUCUACGUUGCCGCGGUCGGUUUCGGUCUGGCUGCUGUAGCAUGGCGUUUCGUGAGACUGGCAUUGAUAGCAUAG